UCCCUCUUUCUCCGGUGAAAUUGACUGGCACAUAAGCCCUAAUUCCUCUUCCUGAUGAGGUUUUAUCCAAAUUAUGUUAUAUAUUUUAUUGUAAUUUCUUGUGUAGCUGCUCCUUUUUGCAUAACGAGGCUUCCUUUUCCGAUUUGUCAUAGUUUGUGAAUCUUACUAGUUAAUUUGCAUUUUAUGUGGUUCAAAGUUCUCAUGGUCGGCAUUUAGUUAUGCUUAAACUAGUUUUCUGAGCUUCUCUCCUAGAAAAGGUGAAAGAAAGAAAGAAAGAAAGAAAGAAAGAAAGAAAGAAAGAAAGAAAGCCACUUUUUUCUUUUGAUUCGUUUGGAAAAUACACCGAUACGAGAACUAUACAAAAAGUAGACAUUUAGGCAAAAAUUGAACAACUGUUAGCAAUUUACUUGCGAUGCUUAGUUGACAUUCAUAAAAAAACAUCUAAUUAAUUAUAUGUUCAAUUCAUCCUUGUUUUUAUAAGGUAAAAGUUAUGUGUUCAUUCAUCCUUGCUCAUUAUCAGACAAUCUGCCAUUGUCUACAAAAAGCCCCCAAUCAUCUAAAGCAUUUAUUUAGAAAAUAAUAUCUGAGUAUUUGACCCAUAAUGACUUGAGUUUUUUUACCUCUUAGUUGGAAAUGUUUCAGUAGAAGUGGAACUGCAACAUAAAGAAAUGGAACAGUUUGGAUGUGUAUGAAAUAAAAGAUUCUUCUCGACUGGUCACAGUGUCACAUCAGGUUACUGGAGAAAUAUUUAUGUCGUGAUGUGACAGAAUUAGAGCUCUGUCUGAGUCUUCAGCAAAAAAAAAUUUCUUUUUUAUGAAGUGUUGACGAACGUUAAUAAGUUUUUGACAACAUAAAAGACUUCAACAAUGAUAGGAUAUAUCAGAUAAAUCUGCACUUCUGCAAUAACUAAUAAUUUCUACUCCCUCAUUCCGUUUUGUAUAACACUCUUUCCUUUUUUGGUCUGUUUCUAAAAAGAAUGAUACCUUCUAUAUUUGAAGAACCUUUAACUUUAAACUCCCUAUUUUAUCCUCAAUGACAUGCUCUUAGAUGUCAUGGAAUGCUUAAGACACAAGUUUUAAGAAUACUUUUGGUAUGUGCAAAAAGUCUUCCUUUUUUUUCUUAAAGCUCUGUGCUCAGUCAAACACAGUCAUAUAAAAUGAAAUGAAGGGAAUAGUCAUCACAAAGUAGGUUGUAUUAUAAGAUGAUACUAAUUAUCUAGGAUUGCCAUAAAACUGUUUUAUAAAAGUUGAAUUCUUGUCCUCCAACAAGAUGUUACUUGUUGCUUUAGGAGAGUGACUGCAGAAAUGAGCAGUUUAGUCAAUCAGUUAACUGCAUACAUGCACCUUUGCUCUUUUUCUUUAUUGAAGAAAAUACACAUUUAUUCAUAAACACAUAUACAUUUUAUUGAAAACUGCUUGUCAGGAGAAUGAAAAAAGAGAAAAUAACAAAAGUAUCAUGAGGUAGAAUGUUGACAACUGGCUAUUUCCUCAUCCUUUUGAAGGAGUAGGGUAGUUAAGUUUUGUAAACUUGAUGAUUUUCGUUAGAGGUAGUUCAGAGACAACACGAUCUUGCACCCGAGGGUGGGGCAUAGUAGUUGAUGAAGUUGUAAUGAAAACCAUGGGAGACUAGCAUUCAUAUCGAUUAGAGGUAAAAAAAAAAAAAAGUUAAUAUGGCGAUUUUAUCCCAUCUCCCUAAUCUUUAAUGGACAGAGUUACGCCUGACCUGUAGUAUUUGAUGAUGCGGCACCUAGUAGAACUGUCGAGGUACGCAAAAGUUGGCCAAACACCACUCUUAUACCACAAGAGAGAGAGAAAGAGAGACCAUGAUCCUGCAACUGUCAACACUUAAAGAGCCGCAUUAUGUAGAAUGAUAUGAGGGUCUUUUUAUUUAUCAUAAAAAAUAGAGUUGCAGAUAGAUUCUAAUGAAGUGAUGAUUGUGGAAUGUAAAUGAAUCGUCUAUGUCAGUAAAUUCAGAAGCAUUCAGGUCCUUGUAGGUCUGCAUGUCUUUCAUAAUAGACCUAUUCUCUUAUUAUAGAAAUUUUAUGACAAACUAUGUCUGUCACUCUGUCCCAACAGUCUCUAGCUUGUAGCUAGCAGAAAUACCUGGUUUUAUGAAACCUCUUUUCAGGAAUUUAUCUUUCAUGUUUAUAGUUUUUCUUAGGGAAAUAACUAGCUGGGACGAGUAUGGCUUCCAAGAAAAACAAGAAAAAGAGAAAUAAUCCUGCCGCAUCUAGUUCUGGAAAUGUACCUCGAGAGAAUAAAACCCCCAAGGAACUAAAGGCUAAAGGUAAACUUGCAAAAAAGUCCUCUAACUUAAACUCUGCACAAAUGAUAGAAGCUGAGGGCGCUCCACAAUCUCUAUCCAGAAACAAGGAGAAGGCGGCAAAAGAUGGCAACCAAGGAGAUAAUUUUGAUAAAAAAGAUGCUAGAAAUUCCCACUACAUAAGCAGUAGAAGCAAAGAAAAGAGAAGUACAAGUGAAAUGAGUGUAGAUGUGAAGAAUGAUGGAAAAACUGAAAAGAGUAUCGGUGGAGUGAUUUUCAUGUGCAAUGCAAAGACCAAAGACGAUUGUUUUAGAUAUCAUGUGAUGGGUGUCUCAGCUAUGAAGAAAGACAUUAUUAUGGGAAUCAAACCCGGUGUCAAGCUUUUUCUCUUUGAUUUUGAUCUUAAGCUCAUGUAUGGUAUUUUUGAGGCGUCGUCUUCUGGUGGAAUGAAACUUGAACCAGCAGCAUUUGGUGGUGAUUUUCCAGCCCAGGUUCGCUUCAGGAUUGACAGGGACUGCCUUCCACUGCCUGAGAAUUUGUUCAAGAGAGCAAUUAAAGACAAUUAUGAUGAAAGGAUGCACAAGUUCAAGAUUGAGUUGACAUCUAAGCAGGUAGAGCAGUUGAUAAAACUGUUUAGGCCUGCACCAUGGCUACAUCCAACUUCCAAACAUUUUGUGUCUGAGCCAGUUAUUUGGCCACCAUCGGCAGCACCUUUGCCUAGGGAGGAACCUUCUAGGGAUCAUGUAUACGGAAUGCAAUACUGUAGAAGCAAAGCAGGUGAGAAUUUUUCAUCAUAUAGUGAUGAAAGGCAGCAGCUUGCAGGCCACUAUGUCAUCCCUAGAGAGGUUGAAAGUCAACCCCGUUUCCUCACUGAGAAAGAAUAUAGAAGCUAUGGUCUUCAAUCAGCAAAGCAUCUGCAGCCUACUGCUUUUGCAGUAGUUGACCGCAAAUUGGAUAAUUUUGAUUCUGAACAAGGAAGGGAGCAGCUCCGAAGGAAUCCUGCCAGUGUUAGUAGCGAUGCAACUUUAGCACGGAAAGAAACUGUAUACUCUGAACCUUUAUUUCCAAGCGAAAGGGAGUACCGAACUUAUGGCCUCAAGGCUCGCGGUGAAAUACCUGUUACUGCUGCUCCUGCUGUGGAAAGUAGUACUACAGUAAUUUCAGCUAUACCUACCAAUCAUGGUUUACCAAAUCAUGUUAAGGAUACAUAUAAUCCUUAUGACGAGAGUACUGCCUCUCUUGUGAACCGAUAUCUCUCUCUGCCAAGGACGGUGGUAACACCUGUAGAGCCAUACUCUUCGGCAGGCAGAGAGUCUUUUGCAGGGGAUCCCUAUUCUGCAAUUGACAUCAGAGGCGAUACUGGAAGAUUUCGUACUGAAAAUGAAAGAGCAUAUCCACCGUAUGCUCCUCAACUUCCACCAGACUACGGCCUAAAAUAUCAGCAUCUUAGGGAUGAGCCUAGAUACUCCUCAACUUCAGUCUCAUCUCGCUAUUCCUUUGGGGGACCAUCUGCACCUCGUCACUAAACUGCUGCAAUCUGCAUCCUCAAAUCUUUCGUUUCUUAGUUAAAGUUAUGCUUAUGAAACUGAUGAGCUACAGGUCAAGUUCAUCAACAAGGAAGUUCAUUUCUCAGAUCUGCUGAUGGCAAAGACAAGGUCGCUGCUACAUCAUUUCUCAUUUCUUAGAUCUGCUGAUGGGUUAAAAAGAUGACAUGAUUGUAUUUCUUCCUGUACAAGUGGAGUAACAUAAUGCUGACACCUUCCCUUUUGGGACUUGUCUUGAAUUUGUUGUUUGUGUUAUGAAGGAGUAGCAUGGUGCUGUUGAUUUGCUUCAUGCAAUCUGAUGUUUAUUCAUAUGUAGCAUAGCGUGUAUGCUUGAGAUUCACAGUGUGCCAUCGGUAUGGGUUGUACUGCAAUAGUGGCAUUGGUCGCUGGCAUGAUGUUAUUUCUUGCUUUUAAGCUUCAGGGUAUGCAACUGAGCUAGAACGGUCGUUGUCUGGAUGGCUUCUAGGAGGAAUGAUCAUUGUGUAAAAUUCAGCAUUGUUUUAUACAUCGUUUGGUUACUAU